CGUCACUUCCUGUUCCUGUAGCUUCUGGCUUCUGCUCCUUGAUUUUGCGUCGCGGUUUAGUGUAGUCAGUUUAGUGAUGAAAAUGUCGCUUGUGCCAACAAAUCAUUGAGUCAGUAGCUGCGGGAAAGCACUUAAAUUAGUUCAAAACCUCCACGUUGUUUCCUGUGCAUACUAGGGUUCAGAUAUGCGCUGCCACAAAAGGUGACAUCGAGGAAGGAGUGGUUGGCUUGGAGCGCCAGCUAAUUUUGAAGUCCAUCUAAACGAUCUAAACCAUAAUAAGCCAGUUUGCUGUUCAUCAACGGAAAACAAUGAAGAUCAACGACAAGAACCUAGUGUCGUUUGCCCAAAGUAAAACCCCCGUGGACCGUGAAGGGUGGCUCAUGAAACGUGGAGAAGUGAACCGCGCAUUCCAAAAGCGAUGGUUCCUACUCAAGGGCAAUUUGCUGUUUUACUUCGAAAAGAAAACUGAUCGCGAUCCGGUCGGCGCAGUCAUCCUGGAGGGCUGUACGGUGGAAUUGGCCGAGAAUGAAGAGCUCUUCGCUUUCAAGAUCUUAUUCCACGGUUCCGGCCACCGGGCCUAUGUGCUCUCUGCGGAGUCUCAAGAAGAUAUGGAGGGUUGGAUGAAGGCCCUGGCCUGCGCUUCCUACGACUACAUGAAACUCAUGGUAGCAGAACUGCAGAGACAGCUCAGUGAGAUCACUGAAGCCGAGAGACUAGCAAAGUGCGGGAACCCGGCACCUUUGCUUGCGGGAGGGCAGUUGCAGGGCAACCGCUCGGAUAGCUGCCUCUUUGUCCGAGAUGGCUUGGGACCUGGCCGAAGGUUCAACCCGUUCGAUCGCUUGGAUGACGACGGGACCGCAAACGACUCGAGCACUGACGUGGCAACCAGUGGAAACCUGGUCGUACACGUGCCACAACUGCCAAAGUAUGCAUUUCCAGAACUGCAUCGCCGGUACGGCAUUAAAUUCAAGAAGCUGGUGGAAGAACGAAAGAGGAGAGAUGAAAAGGAAAGGGGCGUUGGAAUCUUAAUCGAGCUGUAGUGUACCAAACAGCAUUCCGCGUCACCACUUCAUGCAGCUGUCGUUCACUGAAGCAGAGAGGUCGCAACACUUGCUUGUCAAAUCCUUGGAACUGCUUGCUUGGAAAGCUGUAUUGUCAUUGUGAAAAAACAUGAAUAACAAAGUUCCUUUUAAAUAUUACAAAGAUAGAAAAUUAAGAUUGCUGUUCUCGUUCUCUGCCAAACUUGGCUGGGAACACGGUGAACACAUCAAAGCUGUUUGUGCCUGAAUUAAUCUAAUAUGUUAUGUCCAUGUGCCAAUCAAUUCAAGCAUGCUUCACUGCAUACAGAUCUACCAGGAGAUCUGGAAAUCCUAACACCCCCCUUCCCUUUAAUUUCUGUCAUCACCGUAUGCUUCAAUGGGCCUCGUGCAGUGUGUGUAGUAUGCUGUCCUGGACCUGACCAGCUACACGUUUUGUUGCAUAUGUGAUGUAUAACCCAUUAUUAUGUGUACCCACAUGCUGUACUAGUCAUUAAAAUUGUUUCAGAAAGUUGAAAUGCAUGUUUCAGAACUGUG